AGAUCAUUUUGGGCUUCGAUGGAAUGAUUCGAAACCCACAAGCCCAAAUUUCUUCCGUUGUGGGCUAUAGCAGGAAAUCGAACAAAUUAGCACCCCAAAUCCGAUUGAUUUUAGCCCUAAUUUCAAAUUACUUAGGGCUUUUUUCUUCGUCAGCGCACUCUCCCCUAAUUCCCCAUCUGUUCCGCAACGAUCAAGUUAUUCUUCAACUGUGCGUUCCAAAGGUUUUAGAACUCGGGAUCUUCUCCUCCUUUAAAGUUGAUGUAGGAAAAGAGAAGACAAGCUGAUCCAGUUCAUUAUACUGUUUCUCAAAUGGAUCCAGAAGCUGCACGCAAUGCACGGGAUUCACUGGAUCUGGUAUUUCAUAUGUCAAACAUUCUUGACACUGGACUUGAUCGUCACACUUUAUCCGUUCUGAUUGCACUCUCUGAAAUGGGUUUCAACCCUGAGGCCUUAGCUGCUGUAGUUAAGGAGCUUCACAGAGAAACACCGGCUUCUUCUUCUGUCCAAUCAAUCGCUCCAUCAGCACCUUAGGCAGAUUAAUUUUAUAUCCCGUUGAUUGCUGAAAUUUGAUGGAACAAUCUCAGUAGGAGCUCUUUCUUUACCCUUAUUUUUUUUUCCCCUGUUGAUUGAUGUGUAAGUGGUUUGUUUUCUUUUCCUACUUUAGCAUUAAAAACAAGGUGUUUCUUGAGUUUUGAGGCUUACUUGGAGUGAGCCUUCGGUUAUCCUUUAUUAUGCAAGCUUUCUCUGUCUCUUUGAAA